AUGGCGCUGGGCUGGGCAGAGAAGAUGAGUACCCUGGAGACAUCCAACGUUCACCCCAGCAAGCUUCAGGGAGGAAGAGAUUGGAGAAAGCUGCCCGUCCAUGGCUUCUCCAAAGGAAAAGCCGGAUAUCACAUUAACAAUCAGCAGGUGGUCGUAGAGACACCUGGGUUGUCUGCUCAGUUAUCGGAGCUAACAGCGGUGUUGCCACCCAGUUCAUAUGUAGCCGCUGGCGGACUACACCUUCUACCUGUGCAGAUGAGAAAGUUCUGCAUCGUGAAUUCUCUGUCUGAAGCAAAUGACACCUUUGCUAUCCAUCUUUUCAAGAUGCUAUGUCAAAGUAACCCUUCAAAAAAUGUAUGUUACUCCCCUGUGAGCAUCUCCUCUGCUCUAGCUAUGGUCCUCUUGGGGACAAAGGGACAGACUUCCAUCCAGAUAUCUCAGAUCUUUCAUUUCGACUCUGUCGGGGACGUUCAUUCAUGGUUUCAAAGCCUGAACACUGAAGUGAGCAGGCGUGGAGCAUCUCACACUCUGAAGCUUGCUAACAGACUGUAUGGAGAGAAAACCUACAAUGUCCUUGCUGAGUUCUUGGCUUCAACCCAGAAAAUAUAUGAUGCUAAUGCUGACUUGGCUCCUGUGGAUUUUCAACAUGCCUCUGAGGAUGCAAGGAAGGAGAUAAACCAGUGGGUCAAAGGUCAAACAGAAAGUAAGAGGCUUAGCAAACUGUUGACUGUGGGUGUGGUGAACAGCAUGACCAAACUUGUGCUAGUGAAUGCCAUCUACUUCAAGGGAAUGUGGGAGGACACAGCAGAUGCUCCAUUCCCAGUGAAUAAAAAAGACACAAAAAUAGUGAAGAUGAUGUAUCAAAAGAAUAAUCUUCCAUUUUUUUUAUACAUUCUGGACCUGAAGUGCAAGGUGCUAGAGAUGCCUUACCAAGGUAGAGAACUUAGCAUGAUCGUUCAGAUGCCCAAAGACAUUGAGGAUGAGAUCACUGGUCUUGAGGAGACUGAGAAACAAUUAACUUUGGAAAACUUGCAAGAAUGUGAGAACUUACAAAACAUCGAUGUCCAUGUCAAAUUAUCCAAGUUCAAGAUGGAAGAGAACUACAUCCUCAACUCCAACCUGGUCUGCCUGGGAUUGCAGGAUCUCUUUAACAGUAGCAAGGCUGAUCUGUCUGGCAUGUCAGGAUCCAGAGAUCUUUUCAUAUCAAAAAUUGUCCACAAGUCCUUCGUGGAAGUGAAUGAGGAGGGAACAGAGGCAGCCACUGCCACGGCAGGCAUUGAUGCAUUCUGCACAUUGUUGCCUGAGGAAGAGUUUACAGUGGACCAUCUGUUCCCUAUCUUCAUCAGGCACUAUACCACAGCUAAUGCACUCUUCCUUGACCGGGUUUGUUCCUCCAUGGAAGAAGGAGUCUUUAGAGAUACAAGGCAGAGCUUAGAAUCUCAUUCCCUGAGACUUUAA